AUGGACCAAGCCGACAUCCCCGCGCUCCUCUCCCGCCUCGCCUCGGACGAGGACGCCGCCCGCAAAAUGGCCGUCUUCAAGCUCCAAUCCAGCAUCAACGACCCGGCCUUUGCCGACGUGUUUAUAUCCUCUGGUGGUCUGGUCAUCCUCCGCCGACUGAUCAUGACAACGGGGGGCAACACCCUCGCUUACUCCCUCCAGUCUCUCUCCCGCCUGUUGGAGGUAGACAUGGGCUGGGAUAUAUUCGAGGGUGCCGGGGCGGGGGAGCUGGUGGAGAGGGUUGUGGAAUUGGUGGUGACGAACCCGUUGGUGAAUAUCCUGCGAGGGGCGAUGAGUAUACUGGUAGGAGUGGUGGGGCAUCAACCUGGACAGGGGCAAAAAGGGGGGGUUGUGCCGGGGACGUUUGGGUUCCGGGCGUUGAAGCCGGCCGUGGCGGUUUAUCCACAGUUUUUCGAGCUGGUGAUUCAGCAGUUGCACAGUGCGGAUCACGCGCUUUGUGCGAAUGCUUUGGGGUUGAUUAAUGCGCUUGUUAGGGAUGCGGUGGUUAAUGAUGUUGCUAGUGGGACGGUGGCUACCGGGGGGGCAAAAGGGGGAACGGCGGCGGGAGGAGGGGGAGGGGGGGAGGAUUGGAGUAAAUUUAUCAAGAGGUUGCAGGAUUUGGGGUUGAUCAAGGCGGUGUAUAAUUUGUUGCAGAGCUCGAGUUUGCAAGAUUUGGCGCACCCGCUGUUGGAGUUUCAGGGGCUGACAAAGGUUUUGCUGAGGAAGUGGAGGGAGGUGAGGGUUGAUCUUGAGAGGCCGGAGCACAGGCGGGCGUUGAAGGGGUUGCAUUUGGCGAGUGCGCCGGAUCGGAGGCAUGUUAAUGGGGUUGCGGGGGGUGUGGUGGUGCCGAUUCCGCCGCAGCAGGAGGAGGGGACGGCGACUACCACUACCACUACGAGAAAGACGAGCAGGAAGCAUAACCCGGAGAAGUGGAGGAGGUUGGGGUUUGAGACGGAGAGCCCGGCGGCCGAGUUCGAGACGGCGGGGUUUUUGGGCAUGAUGGAUCUGACGGAUUAUGUGAGGAAGAACGAGGAUGGGUUUCAAAAGUUGUUGCUGGAGCAGUCGACGCACCCGCUGAAUGAACGGUGUCCGGUUGCGAGGGCGAGUUUGGCCGUGACGAUGAUCUUGUAUGAUCACUUUGAGGUGGACAAGUCUGACUUGGAGGAUAUCAGGGGUUAUCUGGCUCUGAAUGAUGGGAAGAACAACGACAGGCUGUUCAAGCCGCUGCUGCUUCAGUGGUCGAGGCUUCACACAGCGGGGCUGCAUGCUUUCUUUCGUAUGUGGAAGGCUACGGGGGCGCAGAGGGAGGACUUUGACAAGGUGGCCGAGCUAGUGAGGAUUCUCAUUGAGCAAGUUGUUGGCCAGGCUAGCAGAACCAAGGACGUGCUGGAGGUGGAGGAUGAAUUGCAAGAGUACGAUGCUGGUCGGUUGAGGGAGUUGCAGAUGGAGCUGUUGGAGCUAUCGUUUGAAGACACAAUGGGGCACGCAUCUCUUCCAGGUCCGCGAGGAGCUCAAACACGAGGCGCUGUCGUUUGUCAAGGAGCAGCGUAUCCGGUGUCUGCUGCAGGGCUCGUGGUUUACCAAGCCCAUGUCCCGCAACAACAACGCCCACUCGAGAGAAAACAGCUACCAGAAGAGAAGGCUUUAUCAACCCUGGCGGCUCUGACGGAAAAGAUUGAUCUGAGCACCAUCAGCUCUGUCGUGUCGAAUGUUUCCGCUCCGAACGAAACAGAGCCGGUGGCAGAUCCUGAUGCUGCAGAUAGCCCGGCUGCCAACUCGACUGCCUCCCGUCAUGGCGCGCAAGUCCACAAACCCACGACCAAGAUUACGAUUUACAGCUUCGUGGAGGACAUACCCGGCGGCAGCAAGCCAGAGAGCGUCGCGGGGAACAGCACAAGCGCCGUCGCCGCCACCUCGAACGGGGAACCAAAAGAGCAGCCGAUCCUGACGCUGUUCCCGCUGAACCACAGUUUGGCGUCGGAGUGGCUGGACGGGUUGCUCAUGUUGUUGAAUCAGACGCCGAUCACGGCCGAGACGAACAAGCUGGUGACGUUGGUGAGCGAGUACGGGUUGAAGAUUAGGCUGUUGAAUGUGAGGUUGGAGCAGAUGUAUGCCGGGCCGGUUCCUGGGGCGGGGGUGGUGCCUAGUCGGGAGGGGUUGGAUGAGGAUUAUUUUUAUGAGAUUUGA